AUGUCCAACGUCCACGUCUCCAAUCAUCCAUGCGCGAAGGCGAAGCUCUCGCUUCUACGAUCCGCCUCAACCAAUGCCAAAGACACGAAGAACUUGGUCCACGAGAUCGCAACUAUUGUGGCGUGCGAUGCCUUCGCCAGCGGCCUCGCUGUGCAGCAGACUGGAACGGAUCAGUCUCCACUUGGAUAUGACUACACCACCGAAGACGUCUCGCCGAAGAACAUAAGCCUCGUUCCUAUCUUACGAUCGGGGUUGAGUAUGGUCGACGCUGUCCAAGCACUCCUGCCGUCGCCGGUGUCCGUCCACCACCUGGGCAUGUAUCGAGAAGAGAGCACGCUGCAGCCGGUGGAGUAUUACAACAAUUUGCCGUAUCACAAAGCGGGCGACGAGGAUAGCGUUGCCGAGCUGGCCAUCAUCGUGGAUCCUAUCAUCGCUACGGGCUCAACAGUAUGCGCUGCGAUCGAGACGCUGAGAGAUUGGGGGGUGAAGCGGAUCAUCUCGAUAAACAUCCUUGCCAGCGAGACCGGUCUUCAAAGAGCUGCAGAGGCAUGGCCGGAGGGUGUCGAGCUGUGGGUUGGAGGAGUAGACAAGGAGACAGAUGCUCGAGGUAUGAUCGAACCCGGCCUGGGAGAUAUCGGCGACCGAUUGUACUUGACCAUGGGCAAAUAA